CCGUACCGUCGCGGUAUACCGGUCGUCGUACUGUAACUGUGGUCAUACCAUGUGUGAAGAGUGUGUCGCGGGAUCGGGAAAGGGCUGCUCUUUUUCUGUCAAUUUCGAUGUUUUGCCUCUUUAUCCACCACUGUGUGUCCAUUCUUCUUCUCAAGGCCUUUGAGCUAGUUGCCUAUCCGACGAAAUUGCACUGGAAUUGAGCAUGAGUUAACCUACUGUCUGAAAAAUUGGAGAGAUUUAUGGGUUUGCUUGAUUGACAAUGGCCAACAGAUCAAUCCUGCUUAAAGUUGUCAUCCUUGGCGAUGGAGGGGUCGGGAAAAGUUCACUUAUGAAUCGAUUUAUCAGUAACAAAUUUGAUAGUCAGUCAUUCCACACUAUCGGUGUGGAGUUCCUGAACAAAGACAUUGCAGUAGAUGGCGAGAACUACACAAUCCAGAUUUGGGACACCGCCGGGCAGGAGCGCUUCAAGAGUCUACGCACGCCGUUCUACCGGGGGUCUGACUGUUGUAUGUUAACUUUUGCCGUGGAUGAUCUGCAGAGCUUCAGCAACCUUAACAUGUGGAAGAGGGAGUUCCUGUAUUAUGCUGAUGUGUCCGAUGCAGAUAACUUCCCCUUUGUUGUGCUCGGAAAUAAGGUUGAUGUGGAAGAAGAUGAAAGACAAGUUACUACAGAGGCAGCCAAGGAGUGGUGCACAGCCAAUGGGAAUAUCCCGUACUUUGAGACCAGUGCCAAGACCGCUGUGCGAGUUGACGAGGCGUUCACGGCCGCUGUGCAGCGGGUUGUUGAACUGGACAGAAGGCAGGAUAUGAAAUCGUCGCCCACGACAGAAUCCAUUGUACUCAGUAAGAAGCCUAGCAACAAGCCCCCAAGCUCCUGCUGUUAGUGAUGCACGUGUCAGUGGGAUCGUUGAAGAAUAUGGCAAAUUUCGUAUCCGGCAUUAACCUGUCUGUGGGCUGUCAUUUAGCCAAUCCCACCGGUUCGAGCAUUACAAAAAAAUUCACCUGUGUGUACAUGGACAUGUGCAUGUGCAACUUAACAUUACUUUUUCUAAUUGGACAAAACAAGCGUUUGACCGUAUAUUUUGUAAUUUUAUUAUCCAGUAGACUAUUUUUAAUUUCAAAACUUUAGUACGCCGACUUAAAAUGAAAUGGCUUUUUUGCCCACUCUGUCUAGUCACCGUUUGGGGUUUCUGGUAGAUCCUAAGAAGUCCUUUGAAAUGAAAUGGCUAAACUGCAUUGGUAUACAUGGAAGCCAAAUAAGUUGUACACGUUGCUUGCCGUUGUGAUAAUUUUCAUCAGCGUCCGCUGAAUUUAAGAACAACUACGGGGUAUCAGUUGUGUGGAUUUGAGUAAUCAUAUUAAAUGCUGAAAGAAGUCAAAGUAGCAAAAAAUCUUUUUACAUGCGUUUCAUGUGUUAACUAACUUUCGAAGUUUUUGGCUAGGAAACUUCAAUUUAUAAAACCACAAUUACUGUUGCACUUUGAUUGCACACUGUUUUAUUUCAUCGAAAGAAAAUGUUGACAGUUGACCCCAAGUAUGGUACAACAAAUUGAUAAGGGAUGUACAUGUAUGUUCUUUUGCCUUUAUUUCAUAAAAAUAAAACCUGAGUAAUGAUUGAUGUAGUGAUUUGUAUCACAAACCCAAAUUAAGACCAAGGAAAGAUAUUUGUAGAACAUUUUCAGAGCAUCAUUCAUUGUUUGUGUGUGAUUUCAAAUGUAAUUAUUUUGUCGGUUGAUAUGUGACAUGCAUACGAUAACGUACAUGUCCAUGUAUGUAUUUACACGGAUUUCUCUUUAUGACAUUUCUGACCAUAUUUACAUGUACAUUCACUUGGAUUGAAAACCUCACUGGAAUAAAAACCCAUAGAUACAUGUACUUGUAACUGUUUUGACAUUAUGCAAACAAUCACUUUUGGACCAGACUGGUUGUACCAGUUGAUUUCCAGAGACCAAAAUACAUGUAUUGAGGCGGCAUUUGAAUCUCUUGUCUAGAGUUAGGUGUAGGUCUUGGUUCCAUUGGAAAUGCAGGGAGACGUGCAGACAGUAGACCUAGCCGUAGCUCUGGAAGCCCGUUGCGGACAUGGCCUUAGUUGGGAAAAAAGAAGAUCAGUCCGGUGUUUUGCAGGAAGUGCUCAGUUGACCCACAUGUACACGUACAGGUGUACAUGUACUUGGCUUAGUCAGUUUCAAUCAUUGUUGGUUUUGUUCUUUAAAGCAUGUGGUAGUCAUGCCUGUUCCACACUUUCACUUAAAUAGUUUCUGGCAUUUUGCAGUGUUGUCUACAGUAUCUACACUUGGUUCAAGCCGAUGUUUUUUAAAAGCUGUUUCCUGGAGACUGCUCUGCAGUGUACAAACACAAAUACACAUGUAUUGUACAAAGUGUUGCCUGUCAAGUCAGUGCAUAUACAUGUAGCUUUAGAACUUGGCAGACACAGAAAAUGAUAGUUUAAAAAUGCAUGCUAUGCAGGUUUCAACUUUGAAACAGCUCAGACUUGAAUCAGUUUGUGUCCAUGUAUGUAUAUAUUUCUGAAUGAUAAAGUUUUAAAGGCUUUUAAAGGCUUAAUAUUUGUUACGCACAGGUUUGAGAGAAAUGUCAUGAAAGUAGUUGAUGAUUUGCCCUCAGAUUUCGAUAGAUACUGUUUAUUAAGGGACAUGUUCAAAACGGAAAUGGUGUGGAUACACUGUCGAAUAAACUCUUAAAAGUUGCGAACUAAAAAUGUUAUCUAUGUGUACUGACCCUCUUUAGAAGAAGAAAAGAGAGAAAAACACAGUGAGCACCUUUCAUUGGUAGAAUGGGUUUUUUUUUUUCAAAACACAAUAGUUAAUUUCAGAUGAAAUACCUUAUGGUGCACAGAUACAUGACCAAGGUUAAUCAGCAACUAUUUGUUAUAGUCAACCACUCUCUGAUUUUACCUGGUACCAAGGAUGUAUUUUAGCACCAGUUACCAAGGGAAAUCGACUCGUAGUUGACAAAUAGUCACUGAUCAAACCAUUGGUAAAUAUUUACAUGCUUGCAUGUAUAAAUUGCAUUUCAGUAGAGACUUUAAUUAAUUCAUCAUCCCAGUCAUCUGUUGUUUGCACUGUUGUUUGUAUUUACUACUCUCUGAUGUGAACAACGUAAAAACAUGACAGUGCAACAGCUGAUGAAUGGUACUUUGAAAUUUCAAAGUCCAGUGGUAGUGAAGUGAUAUCUACAUUUUACAUGUACUGUACAUGUACAUGUAGCAAGAUUAACUUACCAUUCUACCUGUUGGAAUGAGAAGUGCAUGUGGAUGUCCAAUUUUUUCCACACCUUAACUGACAAUGAAAUAGUAAUAUUUUUGUGUGUCUCUGCAAGUUUUUUGAGCUACAAACAUUUCUGCUGACUCAAAUUGUGCAGAAACAAGGAAGAAAAAUAAAUCCUUCCUCAACCAUCACAGGAAGUGUAAACCGGGAAUCAGGUGCUAUUGAGUACCUCGUACAAAUCAGUUGAUAGUAGAUAUACUUGAUGUGAAAUUUACGUUGCCAUUUAUAGAACACUUCGUGCUUUCCAUCAGCCUUUGGGGAAAACAUUUGAGGUUCUUUUAGCAAUGGGCUUGAUGAGUUGGAUUUGCAACCAACUUAUUCUCAUUAAAGAGACUGUGAAUUUCAUUUGAUGCUGCUUAACACUUUAUAGAGAUCAUGUGUCCUUGUGUUCAUUUAAGCCCUUAUGUUACAUACACCUUCACAUGGCUUACAGGCAACAUUUCCUUGCUACAAAAUAAUUGUGUAUAUACUUUGUAUGAAUGAAUUUUAUUUAAUUUUUAAAAGAAGUGUAUUAUGAAUUGAAUGUACUGGCAUUUUGCUCAAAUCUACACUUUAAAUUAACUAAAGUUUUACAUCCAUGCAAGGAAAUUGAAAGAGAUUCCUUGCUUUCUGUGGCCAAGUUUCAAAACCCACAUACGCCAACGAGGGGAUUUUUUGGGGUUGUCAGUUCUUUUGUGGUCAUUUCUGUGUUACAUUAGCUGUGUGUAUUCCUGCCACCUCUCCAUUCUAAAGCCGUCGCUGUCAGUUCUCUUUAGGUUUGUUGCAGGCCCUAAGGCUAUUGUACCUUGUGUGCUUUUAGAGAAUCAUAUGCAUAUUAGUAUACAGUUGAUACAGUCACAUUAUAAGUUGUAGGCAGGGUUCGUUGCCGAAUAAAAUGUAUCAGUACACAGAGUACAUAUGCAUGCCUUGCAGCAUACUUUCUCUGACUCAUGAAUAAUUUGAAUCAGAUGAUGAUUCACUGAGUGUGUUAAAGUACAUGUACUUGCAUUCCAU